UCCUUCGCUUGAAAACAGAACUUGUCUUUCUCCCGAUGGAAAGAAUCGAUUUUGAUAUAUUACUAUAGCUCAUGAGAGCAUUCACUGUGGCUGAGCUUAUUACUAUGGCGUCAGCUGACUGUCAGCAUAUAAUUCGAUCACUUCAAAAUAUUAGGCGCCUGCCAAAACACUUACUCUCGCUCUCCAUCUCUCUUCAACAGUUCAAGUAUUGAGUAGUCUACUGUAAAUCUUCAAAUUCCACAGUCUAUUUUUCCUUCUUUCAGACAACUUUCACCCUAAUUUUUGAUACUAUAAUUAGUGUAUCAUUUAUUUAUUUUUGUAAUAAGUUUCCCUUCAGUUAUCUGCCGACCGGUAUUCAAUUUGAAUAUUGUAGGUGGAGGAAUGGCAACAUAUUCGACAUUAAUAUGCGCUCCAAUAAUGGGAAAAUCUAUGAACCAGAUGAUUCUUGAUAUAGACAAAGCUAGAGAAAUUGGAGUUGAUAUGGUUGAAAUCAGAUUGGACUAUCUAUCAAGCUUCAAUCCUUACCAAGAUAUUCAAAUUCUAAUAAAAAGUUGUACCAUGUUAACUCUUUUCACCUACAGACCCAAAUGGGAAGGAGGUGAGUACGAAGGUGAUGACAGUAUUCGGCUCGAUGCACUUAAACUUGCCAUGGAGCUGGGAGCUAAUUAUAUUGAUGUUGAGCUUCAGGUUGCACAUGAGUUUAUUAGUUCGUUAGAUGAGAAGACACGUGAAAAGUCUAAAAUUAUCGUUUCUUCUCAUAACUACCAUGCAACUCCAUCAGUGGAAGAAAUAGGCGAUCUUAUGGUAAGUAUACAAUCUACUGGUGCUGACAUAGUGAAGAUUGCGACAACUGCCGGGGAUAUUACAGAUGUCGCUCGCAUGUUUCAAAUUAUAGUGCAUUCCCAAGUUCCGUUUAUCGGAUUGGUAAUGACUGAAAAGGGUUUGAUCUCAAGGUUGCUUUGCCCUAAAUAUGGUGGCUAUCUCACUUUUGGUAGUCUUGAAGAGGGAAUAGUAUCAGCUCCCGGGCAACCAACGGUAAAGGAUUUAUUGGAUAUAUACAACCUCAGAGACAUAGGUCCUGAUACAAAAGUACUUGGACUUAUUGGGAAGCCUGUGAGUCAAAGCAAGUCCCCUCUUUUGUUUAAUAAAACGUUUAAGUCCGUUGGUUUCGAUGGAGUUUAUGUGCCAUUUCUGGUGGAUGACCUUGCAAAGUUUUUGGCUGCUUAUGCAUCUGCUGAUUUUGCUGGAUUCAGUUGUACAAUGCCGUACAAGGAAGCUGCGCUUGAAUGUUGUGAUGAGGUUGAUCCAAUUGCCAAGUUAAUAGGAGCUGUUAAUACCAUUGUUAGGAGACCGAGUGAUGGGAAGUUAAUUGGUUACAACACCGACUAUGUUGGUGCUAUUUCUGCCAUAGAAGAUGGGCUGAGAGGUUCAGAUCAAAAUUACCAUGGAAGUGGUUCGCCCUUAGAAGGUAAAUUAUUUGUUGUUAUUGGAGCAGGUGGUGCAGGUAAGGCCCUUGCUUAUGGUGCAAAGGCAAAGGGAGCCAAAGUUGUGAUAGCCAACCGCACUUAUGAGCGUUCCAGAGAACUAGCAGCGUUGGUCGGAGGAGAUGCAAUUACUCUUUCUCAGUUGGAAACUUUCUGCCCAGAGGAUGGGAUGAUUCUUGCAAACACGACAUCUAUAGGAAUGCAUCCGAAAAUUGAAGAAACACCAAUACCAAAGCAUGCCCUAAGUGCUUAUGCACUGGUUUUUGAUGCCGUUUACACUCCAAAAAUGACAAGACUUUUGCUGGAAGCAAAAGAAUCGGGAGCUGCAGUUGUUACUGGGGUAGAUAUGUUCAUCGUCCAGGCAUAUGAACAAUAUGAAAGGUUCACUGGUUUGCCAGCGCCUAAGGAACUCUUCAAGGAAAUCGUGUCUAAAAUGUAAUUGUUAAGGUGAUCUGGUUGUUAGGCUCUCGUUCUCGUCUACAUCCUCCUAUUGAUAUCUUGUUGUUGUAUUUGGUAAUCUCAGAAAUAAAACAAACAUUUUUCUCUAGAGUUUCUAUAGCAAAUGAGCUUAUGUUCUGUUAACACAACAUUCAGGACAUCUCCAACGUGAC